AUGGCUCCAGGAAUUGAUCCGGAUCCUGAUGGGGAAUUUAGGUUGUGUGUUCAGUUUUCUCCGUUCACAGCUAAGUUGAAUGAUGGCCGCUCUGUUGAUGUGCUACGUAAAUGUGAUGAAUGGGUUAUUGAUUGUCAAUUUUAUAAUCUAGAGAUGCUACUCGGAGAUUUGGAAGCUAGGGUGAAGUGGGGAAGCGGGCAGCAGCCUGUGAUACAUGAGUUUGACAUGAGUGGUAGUGGAGAGAAAAAGCUGGUGGAUGAUAAAGACCUGUCACUUGCAUUUGCUGAGAAGAUGCAUGAUAAGAAGUUGUUCUUGUUUGUUGAUGUCGUGGAUAAACCCGCAGAAAUAUUUUCCAACUCAGCUGUUAUAGAGGCAGAGGCAGAGGCUGCUGCAAGUAAUGUAGGCCAUGACAAUGCCACAGAACAAGGAGAUUGCGGCAAUCCUGUAGUUGUUUCUCAUCAAAUUGACUGGGAGAGUCUACUGAUAACUCCUCUUACAGAAGACCAGAUUGGUACUGCACUUCCUAUGAUGGAUGAGGAUGCAAUGUAUGAGUUUGUUGGCCUUAGAGCAGAGGAUGAGAGAGCUAAACAAGCUAGGAUGGCGGCCCAAAAGGUGACUGAAAUUAAUCUUGAUGAUGUGGAGCUACAAGAUGCAGACUUGUUGGUUCAUGAUCAUGUACCUGGUGAGGAUUCUGUUUUCUGUGAUAAAGAAGACCCUCCAAUGGAAGUUGGAACAAUAUAUUCUAGUAUGGAUGAGUUUAGGGCUGCAGUGCGACAGCAUGCUAUAAAGGGGCAAUUUCAGCUUGCAACAAAGAAAUAUCGCAAAGAUUAUUUCAACGGCAAAUGCGCUCAUGAGGGUUGUUCAUGGACUAUUUCAGCAAGGUUGAUGCGUGAUGAUCAACAAUUCUCAGAGGCAAUAAAGUGUGAUCAUAUCACCAACAAUGUGGCAGAGGUUUGGAACAAUUGGGUGAAAGACCUUAAGGACCUUCCAGUGGCUGACCUUGCAGACAAACUGAGGGAGUGGCAAGUGUCAGGUAAACCAUGUGCACAUGCUUUGGCACUCAUCAUCACUUGUAGAAAUGCUAAGAUGGAAGACUACUUGGAUCCUUAUUAUUCAGUGUACCGUUUUAGACUAGCCUAUGGUGGUGUGAUCAAACCACUGCCCGAUAAAUCUCAGUGGGUGCGUGUGGAACUUGGAUUCAAAGUGAUGCCACCACUAGAUAAGAGAGAUGUUGGAAGACAAUGGAAAAAUAGAAAACCUAGCAGCCUAGAGAACAAGGGAAGCAAGCCUAGGGGCAAAGGCAUGUGGAAGGUUAAGUGUCAAAAUUGCUUGGGUCUUGGCCAUAGGACUAACUCUCCAAAGUGUCCUCUUAAUGGAACAAAGAAGAGGAAAAGUCGAGCCAAGAAAGGUAAGGCAGGGAGACCUGCUGGUUGUAGCAAAGGUGAUGCAACUCCUAGUCCAUCCAAAAGGCAGAAGGUUGUAGUGGCAGAAGGCACAAGUGAAAUCAACACUAGUCCUGGACCUGUUACAAGGAGGCAAAGAGCAAGGAUAGGAGUUCAAACAACAUCAAAACCAUUAGAAAAGUUGAUUCACUUCGAGAUGCGGGUGCUUAUCCUCAGUGAAUCAAUUAGAGAGAAGAUUGUAUCAUCGACGGAGAUCAUCUCGAACAAAUUAGCCUGGUAUCACUACAUUGGUCUGGCCAACAGAGCAAUUGUGAUUAUCGUCGUCGCACACUUUGCCAGAGCUGAUGAACACGGCUACGACAGUGGAGGUGACAACGAUGAAGGUGAAGGCUUUAGCGGCCACAACGGUGAUGGUUCUCAAGGAAGAAGUGUGGGUGGAAGUUUGAUCAAUCGUGCUGAUGAAUGGUGGUGCAGGCGGUGGCAGCAACGCACUACGCAGGGUAGUCGUCCUCGCUACCACCUUUGUGGCAUUGGCCGUGCCGCGGGUCCUUCUUUAGGUAUGUUUAUAGCGAAGUCCACCUCACCGACCCAUCCACCUUACACUGCUUCUAGGCGCCUACGUCGACAAUGA